CUGCAUAGUCAAACAUCUCCAUUUUCUCAUUAUACUUUCUUUCUUUUCUUUUCCCAAUUAUCAUUGGCAGAAAUUGGAAAAUUCAGAGAAUCAGCAUGUCACUCUAUCAUUACCCUUCCCAAGAAAGUACUAAAGAAAGAUAGCAAAAACGCGGACCCUCGAGUCUUGGUCUUCUCUAAAGGAGAAAUACAAAAAGAAAAAAAAAAAUUGAAACUUUCUUGCUGCAAAUCUAUCUCAUUGCAGAUGCCCAUCAAUCCUUUUCUUCAUCUUAAUCUUCUUUUCCUGCUUCUGCAAAUACUCUCUUGAAAACCCUGCAAGAAGAAUCCAUCUUUUCACCGGAAAACACUAUGCCGGAUUCCGGUGGUGGCUGCUGCAGAUGCUGUUGUAGCUUUAUAUUUACUCUGGGUUUAACAGCUUUAUUCAUGUGGCUAAGUUUGCGUCCAUCAAAACCCAAAUGUCUACUUAAAAAAUUUUACAUUCCAGCCUUAAACCAUUCUUUAACUCCAAGAGGAAACACCAGUCUUAUCUUCCAAUUGGGGCUAGAAAACACAAACAAAGAUAAAGGUGUUUAUUAUGACCCAGUUAAUGUUACAUUUUUUGAUAGUCCAAAAAGAAACCACACUGUAGGGAAUUUUGUUAUCCCCGAGUUCUAUCAAGGUCACAAAAAGAAAGCUACAAAAGGUGGUGAGAUUAAUCUUACUGCAAGCUCUGCUUUUGAUCAAGACGCGGUUUCCCGAGCGGUUUCUAAUGGGUCAGCGGUUAUCCGGGUGGAUAUGGCUACUAGAGUUAGGUACAAGAUUAUGGCAUGGAAAACCAAGAGGUAUACGAUUACGGUUGGUGCUGAUAUUAAUAUUACCGAUCAAGGUACUAUAAUCAAUCCUAAGAAAGGUAUAAAGCUUAAAUCCAGUGCUGCUAAAAUUAGGAAAUUUGAGCUUUUCUGGACCAGUUUGUUGCUUUUUGUUUUGAUUAAUUAAUUUAUUGUGAAUUUCUUUUCUUUUCUCUUUUUUCUUUGUAGUUUGUGAAUUUUGAUUUGCUUGUUUUUGGGUAUUUAUAGUUCUUGAAAAUGUUGUUGUUAUCAUUGUUUAGCUGAUUGUGUGAGCAAUUUUUUGUUUUCAAAAACUGAAAUUGCAAUUCUUUCUAGGGUUCAAGCAUUGAAAAAAACGAAAAUUAAAGAAUUAAAAUGAUUCUUUGUGUUCUUGUUGGGUUACAAUGAGAUGCUAGAAUUUGUCAGGAAUACCAAAGUGUACCCAAAUGAGUAAUACUAAUUUUCAGGCAUUACCAUUUUUGAAAAGUCAGUUCUGUGAAGUAUAAUAAUAUGAUGGAUAGAGUGAGCUCUGACUUUGCUUAUAUGAGUAA